ACCGCUUUCUUCGUCAGUUUCAAUCUAUCGCUCGAUCCGUAAGCAAGUCCGUCUCGUCUUCAAACGACUCUCAACGUUUCCGUUCGUUCACUUUGUGCAACUUAAUCAAAUUAGCGCCGCCCAACGAUGCGGCUCGCAAUCGGCGGACUACUAGGCGUAGUUCUGCUUCUCGCCAGCGGCGUAUCCGGCCGCUUGUUCAUCAACCCGUAUCCGCGGUAUCGGGCGCUUCCACGAGCCGUUGGUGACGCCGACGUUGGCGCGCCGCUCUUUCUGACGCCAUUUAUCAAAAAUGGCACCGUCGAUGCCGGUCGUCAGGCGGCCAAGGUCAACCAUGGCGCCAUUCCGGCCGACAUUCCAAGCUAUUCGGGAUAUCUGACCGUUGACGAACAGUACAAUUCGAACCUGUUCUUCUGGUACUUCCCGGCCAAGGCCGACGCCCAGGCCGAUGCACCGGUGGUUUUGUGGUUGCAGGGUGGUCCUGGUGCUAGCUCCAUGUACGGACUGUUCACCGAGAAUGGGCCGUUUUCAGUCGACGCCAAGAUGAAAAUUCAUCCUCGGAAGUACUCGUGGCACCUCAAUCAUCACCUGAUCUACAUCGAUAACCCCGUCGGCACCGGGUUCAGCUUCACCGAUCACGACGAAGGUUACUGCACGGACGAGAAGAAGGUCGGCGCGAAUCUACACGAAGCGCUGGUACAGUUCUUCCAGCUGUUCCCGGAUCUCCAGAGUCGCAAGUUCUUCGUGACCGGAGAAUCGUACGGUGGAAAGUACGUGCCAGCUGUGUCGCACGCGAUCCACCGAAACAACGACAACGCCAAGGUCAAGAUCAACCUGGCCGGACUGGCGAUCGGCAACGGACUCUGUGAUCCGUUCCACCAGCUCGUCUACGGAGACUACCUGUACCAGCUCGGCUUGAUCGACUCGAACGCUCGCGAUCAGUUCCACGCGUACGAAAAGAAGGGCCGCGAUUGCAUCACCAAGAAGGACUUCAACUGUGCCUUCGACGCGUUCGACGCCCUCAUCAACGGCGAUCAGUUCCCCAGCGGUUCGCUGUUCAAAAACGUGUCCGGCUUCGAUACGUACUUCAACUACCUGCACACCAAGCCCGACGCUAGCGAUGAGUUCAUGGUCAAGUUCCUGACCCUCCCCGAGACGCGCCAGGCGAUCCACGUCGGCAACAACACAUUCCACGAUCUGGACAGCGAAAACAAGGUCGAAGAACACCUCAAGCAGGACGUGAUGAACUCGGUUGUCCCGUACCUCGAGGAACUGCUCUCCAGCUAUCGGGUGGCGAUCUACAACGGCCAGCUGGACAUUAUCGUGGCCUACCCGCUGACGAUCAACUACGUUCGUACGCUCAACUUCCCGGGUCGCGAUCAGUACAAAAAGGCCCCGCGGUACAUCUGGAAGGUUGACGGGGAGGUCGCGGGAUAUGCGAAGGAAGCGGGAAACCUGGUGGAGGUGCUGGUGCGCAACGCUGGCCACAUGGUCCCCAAGGAUCAACCCAAGUGGGCGCUGGAUCUGAUCAUGCGGUUGACCCACGGCAAGGGGUUCGCCAAGUGAA